CUCUCUCUGACUUUGAAUUUCUUAAUCUUCCAUUUCUCGUCUCCUUCUCGUUUCCUCCAUAGCCGUAUCUGUCAAGAAAUGGCAUUUCUCUGACACCGAAAAGACGUCGAGUUAAGUUUCUUACAGUGACUCAUUCGUCUUCUUCUUCUUCUUCUUCUUGUUCUUCUUUUUUAAAUUUCAGAUCUAUAGCUCUGUAUCUGCGAAAUUAUUGUGUUUGAUGAAGAAUGAGAAAUCAGUUCUAUAGCUGAUGGUGAUCGGUGAUCAGCUCAAGAGUAGAGUGGAGCCUGCAAAAUAUAUAUGAACUGUAAAAGUUGAUCAGGCAACAGGCAACAAGCUUCGAGAUGGUGAUGAAAGAGAAAGAUGAAGAGCUCGCGCUUUUUCUUGAGAUGCGGAGAAGGGAGAAGGAGAAGGAGAGAAAUAACCUCCUUCUAAACAACUCCUCUGAUGGGCAUAAUGCCUCUUUUGGAACCAAUAAUCCUAGGGGUUCACCCAUAUCGAAAGUAAUUUCCUCUGUGCCACCCCGAAAGACUGCUGCUGAUAAAUUUUUGGAUUCAGAGAACGACAAAUCUGAUUAUGAUUGGCUUCUUACACCACCUGAGACCCCACUUUUUCCUUCCUUGGAGAUGGAAUCGCAGAAAACUCUAAUGAAUCAAAAUGGGAUGUCAAAUGCUCGUCCCACUGCUCUGACGGCAAGGCUGACAAAUAUCCAGGAAGAACCUGCUUCAAAGACUAAUGUGGCAUCAAAGCGUACAACUUUGCAUUCUGGAUUAAACUCAUCAAAUACCAGUAACAGAAGGCCUUCUUCAUCUGGGGGACCAGCAGCUGCUACUAGACCUGCUACACCAACCAGGCGGCCCACUUUACCUACAACUGCUAAGCCUUCAAGAGCUUCCACUCCUACUUCACGGGCCACCUUGCCUUCCACUAAGUCUUCUGGUCCUCCAGUGAGAUCCUCAACUCCUAUUAGAACCUCUACUCGCUCUUCAACACCAACCGCCAGACCCUCGAGAUCCUCAACUCCUACUAGAACCUCUACUCGCUCUUCAACACCAACUGCCAGACCCUUGGCACCAGCUUCCAAGUCAAAAUCAAGAUCAGCAACUCCAACUCGCCAAAUGUCAACUCCUUCAAGUGCAGCUACUGUGGCUGCUCCUCCCAGUAAGUGUUCUUCUUCAGUAUCAAAGUCUAUUCCCACAACAUUGAAAAAUCCAGUGCCAUCACGUGGCAGUUCUCCUACUGUAAAGUCUAGGCCUUGGAAACCUGAUGAGAUGCCUGGUUUCUCUCAUGAUGCUCCACCAAAUUUAAGAACAUCAUUGCCAGAAAGGCCAGCUUCAGCCUCAAGGGGUAGGCCUAGUGGUGCAAGUGGUCGAUCAUUUUCUAUUGAGGCUGGCUCUAAGGGAAGACCAAGACAACAGUCAUGCUCUCCUGCUAGAGGAAGCACUGCAAAUGGUGGUGCAUAUGGUAGUAGGAUCUCCAUUCCCACUAAGAGCAAAGCACAAAACAAUGAUGGUGAUGAUGUGAACCCAGUACUCAUGGGAACAAAAAUGGUUGAAAGAGUAGUAAAUAUGAGGAAGCUGGCACCACCAAAGCAAGAUGAACAUCACUCUACCCAUAAUAAUUCAGGCGGGAAGUCAUCUUCCCUUGAUAGCACUGGCUUUGGUAGAUCGCUUUCAAAGAAAUCUCUGGACAUGGCUUUGAGGCACAUGGAUAUAAGGCGAAGCAUUGCAGGUAAUCUACGCCCACUCACUAGCAUUCCUGCUUCCUCUGUGUACAGUGUGAGGUCAGGAGGGUCUACAAAAAGCAAGACUAGUGUUCUGGAUUCUCCUCUUGCCACAAGCAGUAAUGCCUCUGAGCCAAGCGUCAACAAUCACUCCCCAUUUGCUGAUGGAAUAGAAAUGGAAGACAAUGACUUUGGAAGUGAAAAAGGAAAUUCUUCUCCUUCGAGUCAACUUGGUAAGUGAUGUAUGGGACCACUAAUUCAAGGUUAACUUUGAUUCUGCAUACUUAAAAUUGCUUCCACCUCUUGUACCUAUGCUUGGAACCUCGUUCAGCUUGGUAUUGAGGAGGCACUUAAGACCUGAAGGAACUAAAAGCAGGCAGGCAGUUUUUUCUUAAAAUCUGUUCGAGAGAAUGUAGGUGCAUGUAUAUUACCAACAUCCUUCAAUAUAUUAAUGGAAGAAUCUGUUUGAUGGAACAGUUUUGUAGGUCAUUGUGCGAACUGUUCUGUAUUAUCAAACUUUUGUACCACUUCAAGCUGUUCUGAAGAGCUCCUUCAGCUUAUACAUUUGUCUGAAAAUUUAUUACUGAAAUAGAGUUUUACUUCUUAA